AUGACUUCUGGACUUAGCCACGGAGAUGGCUCCCAUGGCAAUACUACAUCAAAGCCAACCCACUUUUUCAGGAUCAUUCUCCCAGAUACCCUUUUGCACGGAAAGCUUAGAAUUCCAGCAAAGUUUGUGAGAAAAUAUGGAGAACACUUAUCCAACACAAUGUUUCUUAAGCUUUCAAACGGUACAGAAUGGAAAGUAAAUUUGGAGAAACGUGAGGGUAAUGUUUGGUUUGAAAAAGGGUGGAAAGAGUUUGUGGAGUGUCACUCUUUAGCCCAUGGGCACUUUUUGGUUUUCAGAUAUGAUGGAACAUCCCAUUUUCAUGUUCUCAUCUUUGAUAUGAGCACCAUGGAAAUAGACUAUCCUGUGAACAAGGUAAAUCGUAAAAGGGCUAGCAACAGUGAAGAAAUUCAACCACAUAAGACACGGAAAACAAAUGGAAAUAACAGAGACGAGAGAAAUUCCAAUUUACAAGGCACUGCUUUUCAUCAAACAUUCAGAGACUACAAAGGAAGGUUGAAGAAUUCAAAUGAAAUGAAGAGAAACAUUGAUCUGCAUACUGAAAGGUCAGCUAUUAGUAAAUGUGUAGCUCGUGAAGCUGCACGCGAUACUUCCUUCACAAUGAUAAUAAAAUCAUGCCACCUAAAUAGGAAAAGCUUGUAUCUGCCAAAGGGGUCACUAAAGGGCUACAUCAAACCUGGUGUACAAAAUGUUAUGCUGCUGGUUGGGAAUAAAUCUUGGACGGUUACUUUGAUCCAUUACCAAAAUAAAUCAACGAGCUACUUUUCAGCAAAUUGGUCAGCAUUUGCAAGGGAAAACAAUUUAGAAAAAGGAGAUGCUUGCUUGUUCCAGGGCCUCAACAAUGGUGAUGACAUAGUGAUGAAGGUUUCCAUUUCUAAACGCUCUUCUGUUAAGCCAGAAGUGGUAUUAACCUAA